CCGCCAAGAAUACACGCACAACGACACACUACGUAUAAAGAUCAUCGUAAAAGAGACCAUAAUUUACUUGGAGUCAUCCUCCGAGACUUGUUUACUGAAACAUCAACCGACAUUCAUGUUCAUGGACAACAUUCACUGAUAAAUAUAAUAGUACAUUGUACUAUAUCAUAUACAUACAUUAUUUAGUUACAAAAAUUAUAUAAACUAUAGAGAUUUUUGGUUAUGGCUUUUGUUGAAGAUAUGAUCUUCGUUGUUGGUCUCACUGGCCUUGUUUAUUUUAUUACCGAUGAGCUUCUUGUGAUUGCUUCUGUUUCUCAUAAGUUGGGGUCGUCAAGAAUUGAUCUUUCUAAGCAGAAUCGCUGUAAAGAUUCUGCAUUUAGUGAUGAUGUGCAAAAAGAUUCGGUUUUUAAUGAUGCCCAAGAAGCAAAAGUUAAUGAUUUUGAACAGAGAGAGUGUUCUGGGGUCGAACAAUCUGUGGUUUUUCAUGAUGCCCAGGAAGCAAAAGUUGAUGAUUUUGUACUGAGAGAGGAUUUUUUUAAUGAUACCCAAGAAGUGAAAGUUGAUGAUUUUGUACAGAGGGAGUGUUGUUCUGGGGUUGGACAAUCUUGUAAUGGGGAAUUUGGAGAUGAAAUUGAUGUAGUUGCUUCAAGAAAAUGUGGUUUUGGUGAAAAUGAUUGUGUUGGUGGGGAUGGAUUGGUAGACCAAGUGGUUGAUCAGAAUUUUGAGUAUUGGGGACUUGAUCAAGGUGUCGAAGAGUUGUUUGAGACAAUGCCACAGCCACAGGGAGAUGAGUGGAUGGCGGGUGAGGAGAAUGUUUGUUUUAAUGUCGGGGAUGAAGUAGACAAGGAAGAGGAAGAGGGGUGGGAGGAUGAUUGGGAGGGGAUUGAGAGAACUGAACUGGAAAGGCUUUUUGGUGUUGCGGUAGCAUUUGUGAAUUCUAAGAAGAAUGCCCAUCGUUUUUUCGGUGUUGAGAGUAAGGUGAAAAUAAAGUUGUAUGCGCUUCAUAAGGUUGUCAUUGAAGGAAUUUGUAUGAAACCGCAGCCAAUGGCAUUGAAGGUCUAUUCCCGUGCUAAGUGGAACGCGUGGAAGCAGCUAGAGAACAUGAGCCGUGUGGAAGCUAUGGAAAAGUACAUUACCCUUCUUUCAAGAACCAUUCCGGGAUGGAUGGAAGACAGGCACAAAUGAGAUCCUGUGACCUGCCUUCAUGCUUCUACCCUCUCAGGAGUUUAGCUUGUUUAUAUAACAUGUGCAGGGGAACAUCAUAAUUAUAGGACAUGCAUACAUAUGAAUUCAAUUAUAUUAUUCUUCUAAGACAGUAUCAGCCGAGGGAUCUAGUUAGGUGUUUUUUUGUUGAGUUGCUUCAUGUUUCCCAGACCGUGGAUUUUGUGUAUGCAAAACACAAGUAUCCACUUGCCAUGAUUAGAAGAAAUAUAUUGUAUAAA